AUGGAUGACGUUCGAUUCCCUUUGAAUAAUAAACAAACUGCAUGUGUCGUGCAUGGUCACCACACCGAGAUCCUCGUCACCGGCUUUGCCGACAAGAUUUUUGUUGUUGUAACGCAGUAUGGCAGAAUCGGUAGUCUGAUCAAAACAACAGUUGACAUUGCACCCCAUCUAGCCAGCAACCCUGCUGCUGUACCAACGACGUCGCAGUUCCUGUUUGGCGAAUCCUCGGGCAGUCAAAGCGAUUUAUACAUGUUGUACGCGUCGUCAAUUUCGCAAACAGUGGCAGCCAUGAAUCCACACGAAAAACGACCAGUUCUGUUAGGCAUAGCAUUAAAACCAGUAGAAGAUAUGGCCCAACAACGCCAAGUAUUUGAUCAAGUUAUUGAUAAAGUAAUGACAUGUCCCGUAUGGUGA